AAAACAGAAAGGCCUAUGAUGAUCACAAGAUAAUAAGCCAUGAAGAGUUUUAUGCCAUGACUUAUGGCGGGUUGUCUAAACACAGCUCCUCUAUACAGCCACUGUCUCCCAUCCGGCCUGAUUGGUCCCAGUCCUUGCUAGGCCGUAAUGUACCAUUAAAAUCAAGGGGUCCCCACAUUAAAACCGUUUUAAAGGGGGUUUUUUUGCCGCCUUUCUUCCCUGCCUCCUUUAAUUUUGUACCAAGGUUUCCCUCGUUACAUGUUCACCCACCAUUGGGACCCCACUUUGAAACAUCACACCCGGGUUCCCCCCAGAAAAAUUCAAAGGGACUUAAAAAUCCCUUUUGGGAAAGAAAAUCAACUAAUAAGGGGGUUGAGAAAACCCAAACAGCCUAG